UUUCAUUUUUAUUUGCAUUUCUGUGGGGUUUUGUCCCACUGCCGCAGUGCCAAGCUGGAUUUCCUGCAGCUAAAGCAUUCGAGGAGGAAGAGGAAGAGCAACUACAGCGUGAGGGAAACACAGAUUCUCAUCAAGGAGAUCCACAAGAGGAGAGAUGUGUUGUUCUCCAGACAUCAGAACACAGCAGUUAAUGAGCUGAAGAGGCAGGCAUGGGAAGAAGUGGCGCAGGGAGUGAAUGCAUUAGGAGAGGGGGAGAUGCGUACUGCAACUGAGGUGAAGCGUCGUUACCUGGACUGGCGCGCUCUGAUGAAGAAGAAACGGCUGAGAGCUGAGCUCUGCUCCCCCUCCUCUCUGACAGUGAAGACUGAGCGUGAUCAGUCCUCACCGGAGCACCAGGCGGCUCCUCGAGGCUUUGAACAGCUGAUCGACCUUCCUGGUUUCCAGAAGGAUUGUCAGAGCUACUGGCCGGAGCUGGCGGCACUCAGUGAGGCGAGCAGCGUGCAGUCAGCGACGGCACAUGUGGAGGUGAAGAUAGAGGACGACGUCAGCAAAUACAAACUGGACAGGGACGUUGGAGACACUGAAACGGAUGAGGACGAUAUCCCCUCCCUCCUCAGUGACAUUGAGUCAUGUGGGGAGGGCCAUGUUGGUGACAUGUAUUCCCACAAUGAUUUGAACCUGCUCAGCUCCUCCAAAGAUCCCAUCUCCACCACCUACAGAUGUCUGCUGCCGGUCGGUGGCCUGGCAGGACUGGGCGAGGAUCCUGAGAGCUCGGGUGCAGGAAUCCUUCUUGCUGUUGAGAAACAGCGACUGGACGUGGAAAAGCAGCGUCUGGCUGUGGAGACGGAGCGCCUCGCUGUGGAGAAGGAGCGUCUACAGGUGGAGAAGGAGCGGCUGCGUCAGGUGGAGGUGGAACGAGAACGUCUGUGUUUGGAGAGGGAGCGGCUCCAGGUGGAGAGGCUGAGGAUCCUGCUCGUCAGCCAAUCAGAGCACACAGAUUCCUCUUUUAACCCUCCGCCACAGGAAGAUCCUCCGUCUUCGUCCACGUCCUUAUCCUGCACUCAUGACGAACAGCAGGAGAUCAGCUGGACGUCAGUGAAUCUGGAGGCAGCAAGGAUGAGUCUGGAGAGGGAGAGGCUGCAGCUGGAGAAGGAGAGGCUCCUGUCCUUUAAGUUUGAGGCCGGCAUGCUGCAGAUGGAAAAGGAGCGCCUGCAAGUGGAAAAAGACAGAAUGCAAAUGCACAAAGGCCACCAGCCUGUAAAAGCCCGACAGCGUCCUUGAAGAUUCUUGUAAUUCUACAAACUGAAUCAAAGAAAACUGGACUGCUUUUGCUUGAACUGUUAGAAUUCGUCACCCAUUUGUCUAAAUCAGCAAAAGCUCCCUGAACGAGGAGCAAAGUGUUCAAGAAUGAAACAGUGCACAGCUGUUCAUCUACUGAGAGGUUUGAAUAUGUCUAUAUGUCACUGAAAAGUGUUUGAGUCAAAGCAUCAUUCCUGAGGCUGCUUGUGGUUAAACAUUGAAGUUCCGUCAGUUUCAUUGUAGGAAUAACUCGGAUGUUGUUUCGGUCCUCAUCGGUGAACCCACAAAAACUGAAACUAAAGGCAGCUAUAAGAUGAAUUCAACUGUAAAUAUUUAUUCUUACACUUUUUUCCUGUUUUA